AUGGAUGCUUACACAUUACUUGCAGGUGUAAGCAUGAAUUUUGCUAUAGCUGUGGAGUCCUUUGGAAUCAGUCUCAUUCUGGCUGUCAAAGAGUCUGAUGAGGCUUUUAAAGCAAAAAAUCUCCUCGAACCCCCGACUAGUUUCAAACUCAGUUACUGCACCAAAUGCAUCGGAAAGCACAUCGCAACAAAGGUACAAGAGAACGUCACCUUGAUAACCUGCCCGGAGUUUAAUUGUAAAGAAAGAUUAGAGCCCCAUUCAUGCAAAGAUAUCAUAUCAGGUGCUGUGUUCUAUCUCUGGGAGAUCUCCUUGUGCGAAUCUUUACGUCCUGUUUCAGACAGAGUUUUACGAGGGGAUCAAGACAAGCUGCUCGUUCAACUUGCUGAGAAGAAAAAGUGGAAAAAGUGUCCAGGUUGCAAAUACUACGUAGAAAGGACGAUGGGUUGUCUGCAUAUAAUUUGCAGGUGUGGUUCUGAAUUUUGCUAUGGCUGUGGAGCCACCUGGAGCGAUACUCGUGAAGCAGAAUGUAAGAGAGUCUAA